CAACUACUCACAGGAGUGUAUCGGCGCUCAAACGGAUUCUUCAGCGCUGCAGAGUCCUUUGAUCAGGAUGGACACCUUGAGUCUUCCUACACGUGGUUCCGCGUCUUGGUCAAAAUGGCUGCUCACGAUGCCAGCUCAAGCUACGCCUGGCACGAGAUGACCUUCUGUUCCCGGUGGUUUUCCGGUCGUUGCGCGAUCCUGUGCAUUGGUGCAUCUUCUUUGUUUGGGGCGCAGCUUCAAGAUGCUCUUGAUCGACUAGAGACAACACUGUCGCCUGAGGAGCUGUACUCGCUGCAUGUACCCCUCCUAGAGGCAGUGGUCUCUAUGCACGACUCAUCUGUAUGGUCCGUGCGCGACGUUGUGCGGGCUGUCGAGAAAGACCGCUCACUUCCAGCCCGCGGAUCCCACGGCUUUCUCAUGAUGCACGAGGCAGCACGUCACGCCAUCCAUUCUUUUGAGACGCUUAGCAUAUCUGUCGAGACGGUAGAAGCUAUGCAGCAACAUGUCGUGUAUCUUGCGGGCAAGAGCAAGCAGCCAAGCAGAGGCGGGCCGGAAGCGUCACACCGAUUACGCAUGCACAUGGACGCCCAGGCGCGGAUGCUUCGCAACUUGCUCCUGCGAUCGCUGUCAAACAAAGAGCGGCUGCAAAACGAGAUUGCUCUUGCGUACAACACGAUCGCCCAGCGAGACAGCCAGGUCAUGACGGGGCUGGGAGAGGCAGCGAGGCGUGACAGUGGUGCCAUGAGGACGAUUGCAGUAGUGACGAUGGCUUUCCUACCUCCAACCUUCUUGUCGGCGAUCUUCAGCAUGAGUUUUUUCGACUACACGCCCGGGCAGGGCAGUAGUGGAUGGUCAGUGUCUGACAAGUUCUGGGUGUACUGGGUAUGUGCCGUGCCGCUGACGUGCCUGACACUACUCAUCUGGUACUGGCGACAGAGACGAGUGAAGGCGUGAAGAUAGUGCCGUGCCGCCCAGUCUAUUGGAACAGCGGCGAACUACAAGCUUAUAGGUGGGGGCUGAGACUGUAAGGGUUACUGCUUUAAUACAUGCACCUGACCAAAGCAGUACAUUGCCCUGGUUGCAUCCUUGCCUACAUCAGUGUUCUAAAGGUUGCCUGCCACCCUGGAAGUAUGGGGAGGAGACAACUGGCAGUGAUAUCCUCAUUGCACUUGCUGCAUCAACAAUCACUUUUCGGAAACGGAGAUCGUAGCCUCGUCUGUUCCUACGGCCGACCACAUUAUUCACCGAUUUGCUGCAGCCAGUCAGUCUACAUGGGCUACGUGAUCAGCAGUGUGUUGCAAUGUGACGAAUCAUAACAUGCUGGGAUUCGGCAAGAUUGGGCGCCAUGAUGAAGAAGGGUC